CGUUCAAAUUCAGGCGUCGCGACGUCGCGUCGAAUCGUUAUGGACGACGUUCAGGCCUCUCAACCCGUCGGCAGAAUCGAGCCGGUCGUUAAACCCCCGCCGGACUACGGUUUGAAGUUAAAACUCAACCACAAGUACCCCGAAAAAUGGAAACAAGGCGCAACCGUUCGUCUCAAGCAACUUCCUCAGCUUUUGCCGCUCGCUUACAGAUAUGUCUCGUUCUUCGCGAGGACGACGACAGGAGGACGAAGACCGAUGAUGGAUUAUGUAAACAUGCAGACUGGAAAACAGAUUUACGGGGUCCCAAUCGGCGGAAUUGGAGGCGGGUCGAUAAAUCGCGGGUUUAAAGGUGAAUUCUGCAGAUACAGUCUACGACCCGGUAUAUACGAGUACGAAACUCUUCUGGCCAAUCAAUUCAUCCUCACGAUCCAAGACGCCACCGGAAAAACGAUUUACCAUCAAGUUCUGUCGACUGAAAGGAAACCGAAAUCCCUGAAGUCUUGGAAAUGGGGAUUUGACGGAUCGAAAGCCUCGUACACGGGGCUUUAUCCUCGUGCUUGGACAACAUACGAUAUAGAGGAUCACAAAGUGAGAUUAACGUGUCGUCAAGUGUCUCCGGUGAUACCGAACAAUUACAAGGACAGUUCACUGCCCUGCGCUGUAUUCGUUUGGGACGUUGAAAACCGCUCCGAUCAAGAUCUCUUCGUCAGUAUUACAUUUACGUUCAGGAAUGGUAACGGAAACAAAACCAUCGACAAGGAAGGCGAUAAAUGGAACGAGCAUUUCGACGGCGAUGAAGGCGUCUCCGGGGUGAUGAUCCACCAGGAAAUCAGAGGCAUGCCUUGCACCUACGCGAUCAGCUCCAGGUCGACCGAUGAAGUAAAAGUUACGCGAACCCUGAGCUUUGAUCCGACAGGAGACGGCAUGGAGGUCUGGGAGGACCUGGAGACUGAUGGAAAACUGGACGAAAGGUCGAUCCGAACAUCGCCAAAGACUGAUGGCCUAAUCGCCGCAGCGGUAUCGUCGCGGGUUUUAGUGAAAGCCGGUCAAAUCGAGGAAGUUGAAUUCGCUCUUGUCUGGGAUAUGCCGAAAAUCCAGUUUCACUUCAAAAUGCGAGAAUAUCUGAGGUAUUACACCAAGUAUUUUUACAACUCGGAACGAUCGGCUGCUCCGGAAAUAUCCAGGCACGCUUUGGCGAGCUAUAAAUCAUGGGAAAAGGACAUAGACGAUUGGCAACGGGAGGUGUUAGACGAUCCUGGUCUACCCGAGUGGUACAAAAGUGCUUUAUUUAACGAGCUUUACUUCGUCACUGACGGUGGCACGAUAUGGAUACGAAGCGAGGAUUCCGACGAUUAUCCAGACUCCGAUCCGAGGAAGGAAUAUGGCCGCUUCGCCUACCUCGAAGGUCACGAAUACCGGAUGUACAACACCUACGAUGUUCAUUUUUACGCAGCCUUUGCUCUCGCCCAGCUUUGGCCGAAGAUCCAGGCUGUUAUCCAGUACGAAAUUCGCGACACCGUAAACGCCGAGGACACAACGGUGUGGACGACUCUCUACGACGGUGCGAAGCUUCCGAGAAAAAUCAAGGGAUCGGUGCCACAUGAUGUCGGCGAUCCGUAUGAGGAACCCUUUAAAAUCAUCAAUGCGUAUCCGGUUCAUGACGUUUCCGAGUGGCGAGACCUCAAUCCGAAAUACGUACUCAGCUGCUAUCGGGAUUACAAAUUAUCCAAUGAUGUUGAAUAUCUCAGGGAUUUGUGGCCGGUUCUUAAACAGGUGAUGGACGUAAGUUUAACGUGGGACAAAGACGGUGACGGGUUGAUAGAAAACGGAGGAUUCCCCGACCAGACUUACGAUACUUGGGUGAUGGAUGGAAACAGCGCAUACUGCGGCGGUCUUUGGUUGGCUGCUCUAAAAUGCAUUUCUAAGAUCGCAGAGAUUCUCGGACACGAUGAGGACCGGAAGAGGUAUUUGGAUACGCUGGAAAAAGGCAAGGAAGCUUUCGAAUCCAAUCUUUGGAACGGUAAAUACUAUAACUUUGAUACGGCGAAAAAAUCAUACAGCAAAACCAUUAUGAGCGAUCAAUUAUGCGGUCAGUGGUUCCUGCAAGCGUCUGGUUUUGGUCAUGAAGUAUUCCCCAAAGACAAAGUAAAGUCGGCACUGGAGACGAUUUACGACAACAACGUAAUGAAAUACAAGAACGGAACUCAGGGUGCCGUUAACGGCUACCUGCCGUCAGGGGGUAUCGACACACUGACGAUACAGAGCGAGGAGAUGUGGACCGGCGUUACCUACGGUCUGGCGGCGCUGAUGAUUCACGAGGGUUUGCCGGAAAUUGGAUUCAAGACCGCCGAGGGAGUCUACAGGACUGUUUACGAGAAAAUUGGCAUGGGUUUCGAGAGUCCGGAAGCCCUUUAUGCGAAUAAAUUUUACCGGGCCAUCGGGUAUAUGCGGCCUCUCUCUAUUUGGGCGAUGCAACACGCCUGGCGUGUCUCAAAGGCGAAAUCAACCUAGAAUUGCUAAUUGCUUAUACCUUUUUCUUUUUCAUUUAUAUUCAUUUUUUAUAU